AUGUAUUUCACCAUACCACCACCACCACCAUACCACCGUAUCACCGCACAGCCGCAUCACCACGCAUGCCACCCACCACCAUACCACCACCAUACCACCAUACCACCACACCACCGUACCACCGUACCACCAUACCACCACCAUACCACCAUACCACCGUACCACCGUACCGCCGUACCGCCGUACCACCGUACCACUGUACCACCAUACCACCGUACCGCCGUACCACCAUACCACCACACCACCAUACCACCGCAUUCACCAUACUACCACCUACCACCAUACCACCACCAUACCACCAUACCACCGCAUCACCACCGCAUCACGCAUCACCGCAUACCACCGUACCACUGUACCACCAUACCACCGUACCGCCGUACCAUCAUACCACCACACCACCAUACCACCGUACCACCAUACCACCGUACCACCAUACCACCACCAUACCACCAUACCACCGUACCACCGUACCGCCGUACCGCCGUACCACCGUACCACUGUACCACCAUACCACCAUACCACCGUACCGCCGUACCACCAUACCACCACACCACCAUACCACCGUACCACCGUACCACCACCAUACCACCGUACCACCGUACCACCACCGUACCACCAUACCACGACACCACCAUACCAACCACCAUACCACCGUACCACCAUACCACCGUACCACCACCAUACCACCAUACCACCAUACCACCGUACCACCAUACCACCACACCACCAUACCACCAUACCACCACACCACCGUACCACCAUACCACCACCAUACCACCGCACCGCGUAUACCAUACCAUCAUCACUAUACCAUGCAUCACCGUACAGCCAUACCACCAUACCACCGUAUUCACCAUACCACCGUACCACCAUACCACCAUACCACCGUACACCCGUACCACCGUAUCACCGUAUUCACCACACCACCAUACCACCAUACCACCACACCACCAUACCACCGCACUCACCACCAUACCACAAUACCACCAUACCACUACCACCACCAUACCACCAUACCACCAUACCACCGUACAGCCAUACCAUACCCAGCCAUACCAAUCGCACAGCCAUACCACCAUACCACCAUACCACCGUAGCCAUACCACCGUGCACAGCCAUACCACCAUACCACCAUACCACCGCAUCAGCCAUACCACCGCAUUCACCACCAUACCACCAUACCACCAUACCACCGUGCAGCCAUACCACCAUACCACCAUACCACCAUACCACCAUACCACCGCAUAG